UGUGUCUUUAAAUUGAUAGGCUCGUUAAACUAUCCCCCUUGCCGAGGCCUUCUGGUCUUGACUUCGCCAACUGGUUGGAUCUAUUUUUAGGGCCAGCUCCCUUGCGGAGGAGCAGGUGCAGCUGCCUCGACACUCCGCGCAUAGACGCGUUUCUUGGCCAGUGCCAACCAGUUGGCGAGACCCCAUCAUCAUCAUCAUCGCCAUCGCCAUCUGAAGAUCGCCAUCCGGCGUAGGUGACGGACAGCCUCGGGCUGCCAAUAUCGCUUACUUCCAGACAAUGGAUAGCCACGCUUCUGGGCCACACAGGCGCUGACAAUUAGUUGGCCUUAAUCUACUUGAGCAAAUAUUAGUUUUGAAAGCCACACGAGAUCUUUGCACCCAGCUCAAAUUUAUUAUAUAGUUCCCAAGCCCUUUUAAGGUUUUAAAUAAUCUUUGCAGCUCAUUUAACUGGCACUUUUCUGCUCGAACGCUUUUGGGAGUCUAUUUCAAAAUGAUGGAAUAUGAAAGUUCUAUGUCGAUCGAAGGCAACAUCGUGGGUCUUAAAAGUACCAACGCCGUGAUACUGGCCACUGACUCGAAUGAAUACGAAAUGUAUCUGAUAGAUGACCGCAUUUACUGCUGCGCACCUCGUUCCGGCAUCGAUCGGAAAAUAGUUCUGGAAGUGAGUUCAAAGGUGGAACAACUGGUCCGGGAUCGCGGGCAGACGGUGACCGUGUCCCAGGUGCGGGACAUGUUUUGCGACAAGUACCAGAACGCCGAAUCCCCGAAUGUCCUGAUAGCUGGGCAGGACAGCAAGGGUCUCCACUUAUUCAGCAUGGAGUCUGGGAAGUCCCGCAUGGUGAUAUAUGCCGCAAAGGGCACAGAUGCGGAGAACAUUGUGGGCAUUCUGUCGCACGACUGGAGUGACUUCAUAAACCUCAGCGAGGCUGAACAUCUGGCCAGGAAAGCGCUUAUGUGUGAGGACGCGGAAAUGUGCACCAUCUAUAGGGCUAAAGAAAUCGAGGAACAAGGCGCCAACAUGGACUUCAAUAUGGACGUCGACCCCUCUGUAUCGCCGGCCAGCAGUUUCUAGAUCCUCCUACUAACUACAUGUAAUAGUUAAUCGUAUCAUUUCGAUUCACGUUGAUAUAAAUAAAUGGUGGCUGCUCCACUGCCCACCCUGUAA